AUGGAUCUAUCUACUGAGCAACCUCCUCACACCUCGCCUGUGGCGGAGGAUUCACGACACGCCUAUUUCAUGAAGCAGGCUUUGUUGAUGGUGAGUGGCCAGCUUCUGAUCGUCAACCCCGAUACUAAAUUAAGGAAAUAUCAGGGCGAAAAGGCACUGCAGUCCGGAGAGACCCCUGUGGGAUGUGUUCUGGUUUACAACGAUCAGAUCGUGGGAUAUGGAAUGAAUGACACAAAUCGGUCAAUGAAUGGAACUCGUCAUGCCGAAUUUCUUGCUAUCUCAGAGGUUCUGCAGAAGUAUCCCAAAUCGAUUCUUCAAUCUACGGAUCUUUACGUGACGGUUGAACCAUGCGUUAUGUGUGCCUCUGCCCUCAAACAGUAUCGCAUUCGCAGUGUGUACUAUGGCUGUGCCAAUGACCGAUUUGGAGGCACUGGCGGUGUUCUGUCUAUUCAUUCAGACCCCUCUAUCGACCCCACAUAUCCAGUGUAUGGUGGGUUAUUCGGCCAGGAAGCCGUCAUGCUACUUCGCCGGUUUUACAUUCAAGAAAACGAGAAAGCACCAAACCCUCGACCAAAGAAGAAUCGUGAACUGAACACCAAGUUUGAGAAUGAGGAAGAUCUGGCAUCGAUCUCAUAA